AUAUAUAAAAAUUUUCUAAGUAAUACAUAUAUAUUGAAAUAUGUAUUUCCUCGUUUUAGCCAAGGUGACAAACAGACAGCAACAUAUGCAUACAUCACUGUAUGUAACGCAUGCGCGAUUAUUUUCUUGAUAAUAACGUAGUAGACUUCGGUCAGUCAUAGAGUGGUCAUAGAGUGUCUCUUGAGUAGAUAAAGCUUCCGCGCUUAUUAUCUAUCACGAUGACGGAUUCUCCAAGUAACAACAGUGUUACACAUAAUUUGACAGUGGAGCAAAAGGAAUAUGCUGCGAAAGUUUUAAAUGAGACCGACGAGAACAGAGAAAACGCUAUAAUGGAGAUUAAACGAUGGAUUCAAGAGACUGAUUUGAACGCACGAACUGAUGACUUCUUCAUAUUGCGAUUUUUGAGAACCUGUAAAUUUAACAUCGAGACUACUAAGAAAAGGUUGCAAAAUUUUCAAAAGCUACGUGCUAACCAACCGGAAUGGUACAUGAACAGGGAUCCGCUACAUCCGAAACUGCAGGAAUUGCUCGAUUUGGGAAUUUGUUUGCCAUUGCGAAAGUUGGACGAUCAAGGAAGAAUGGUUGUCAUCGCGCGCAUUGUGCAUAAUCCAGACAAAUUUACAUUAUCAGACGUAGCUAAGAUCUCCUAUAUGACCCUAGAUGUGGCGAUAAGAGAUAGCGUGGAGGCCUCCUUGUACGGUUUCGUAAUAAUUGUAGAUUUGGGACACGUAACCUUGCAUCAUAUGACUCAAGCAAGACCUCGCAUUUUAAUGAACUUGGUGCACGCGUGGCAGGGUUGCUACCCUGUAAGAAUUAAGUCGUUCAACUAUAUUAACACGUCGGAAAUUGUUAAUGUACUGAUGAUGCUUACGAGAUAUUUUUUAAGCGCUAAAUUGAAGCAACGAUUGCAUGUUUACACAUGCAAGACAACGCGUGAUUGUUUUAUGGAUAUGCCAGCUAAUAUCUUACCUGUUGAAUAUGGCGGCACUGAUGGUACGAUUCAAGAAUUGACAGAAUAUUGGAAGAAAGUGGUGGAGGAGAACCGCGAUUGGUUCAUCGAUGAUGAAAAAUGUAUACCAGUUUUAUAAAAAUAACUAAAAUUUUGUGAAUUAAUAUAAUUUGUUCAAUUGUGCGUAUUCAUGAUAGUUUGUUUUACACAAUCUUGAUUUGUAAUUUAUACAACGAGACUCAUUACCAGAACUGCUUUCUCUUCCCUUCUUUUAAGAGUAAAAGCUUUAUAAAUAUAAUUACAUUCAAGUAAAACACUCAGUUAUAUAUAUUGUAUUUUAUUGCGAAUAAAAUAACUUUAAUACUGAAAUAUAGUAAUAAAAAAUAAUUAAAUUGUGUAA